GGUAAAUUGUGCAGUAUGAAACAAAAUAAUUUAGAAAAUAAAUCAGCCAAUAAACAGGCUCCAGAGUUAGCUGCAAAGCGUGCGAAUGUGCCAGCCGCUUUACAGCAAAAAGCCAACGAUUUCUUAAAUUCCAAUCCUGUGAACACAAAAGCUCUAAAGCAAAUUGUUAAUCUCUUGGAAAAUCCCGACAGCAAUGCCGUCGGCAUCAUGUACGUGCUUGAGGUGAUCUUCAGAAAUCUACUCAAGCGCAAACUCAUUUCGACUGCCGAGAAUAAAACGUGUAAGAGCAAUGCCAAGCCACAGGAACCCAACGCAACAUGUCAAAUACAAUACAAUAAAGCUUGGUCCUUAUUGCUGGCCAACUUGGGAAAUGCCUCCAAGGAGGAAGCUGGCACUGCGCUCAAGGUAUGCAUGCAGUUGAUAGCUGCCGAGGCCAAGCACAGCAGAUCCAAGGAUUGGCCCGUUACACGGCUGCGCAGCAUCCUCGAGGCGCUGAUCAAUGCAGAGGCAACGCCAACCGCAGCUCUGGCGGAGUUCGCCAAAUUCACUCGUUGCUUGGAUGUGCUGCAGUUUACAUAUCAACUAUUGCCUGGUCUGGCACCAAAAAGUUAUGUCGAUACACCGAACUUAGCUUUUAACUAUUUGGCCAUCAUCAAUUUGCUGGACUUGGGCAAGACGGUGCUAAAUGACAAACAAUUCCAUAUUGGACCAGAGUCCACCUUUGAUUAUGAUCGAACGCGCCAGCUCCUAAAUAAGGUUUGGAAUGGCAUCAUUGCAUCGUGCAAUGGCGUGGACGAGAAGGUGCAUCGCCAAGUUCUCGUGGUGCUCUUGGAACGUAUACUACCACACCUGAAGAAUCCCAUUUUGCUAACAGACUUUCUAAUGGAUUCACUGCAUCAGUUUGACGGACCCAUCGCCCUGUUGGCUCUGCAGGGCAUCUUCACGUUGAUGCAAAAGCAAAAUAUCACAUACCCAGAUGUCUAUCAGAAGCUCUAUAAUAUGUUCUAUCCACGCAUGUUUUACAAUAAGUACAAGGCGCGCUUGUUUUAUUUGGCCGAUAUAUUUCUGACCUCAACGCAUUUGCCCGAAAAUUUGGUGGCCGCUUUCGCCAAGCGUCUGGCUAGACUCGCCCUCAAGAGUCCAACCGAGGAUGCCAUCAUAAUGAUACGUUUCAUAUGCAAUCUAUUGCUGCGCCACACAGGCCUGCAGCGUCUCAUUUGUGCAACGGGUGCAGCAAGCGCCGUUGAAAUUGCGGAUCCCUAUGAUGAAACAGAGCUCGAUCCGGUCAAAUCGGGCGCCCUCCAAAGCUCGCUCUGGGAGCUGGUGCUGCUGCAGAAGCACGCGGUGCCCGAGGUAGCCAAUGCCGCUAAGUUUAUCACCAAAAGUUUGCCCAUGGUCGAAUUUGAUCUAUCGUCGCUGCUGGAAACAAAGGAAUGCAAUAUUUUCGAUGAUGAGGUGAAAAAGGAAGUAAAACAGUUUACAAUGGCCUACGAGCGGCCAACAAACUUUGCGCUGCCUCAGUAUGAUAUAGUUACCAAAUACUGGGAUAUAUUAUAAAA